AACAGUUGACAGUCGUGCGCAUGUUUUGUCGUGUAGUUAAGUCGAAAUUACUACUAAACUAUUCGUAAAAAUUAUAUGCGUAUCGCACUAAUAAUAUUAUCAAAAAAAAAAAAAAAAAAUUCCAAUCAAACGAAUAAUUAAAACGAAAAAAGAAUCGAAAAUGUGUUCGAAUUCGACAACUGUGCUACUGAAAAAACGCGAAAGGACACAAAACUGGAUCCCUGAGGAGAAAAACGCCUUAUUCUCGUUAAUCAAGGGACACGUGAAUGCAAUCGAAAACAAAAAAAUCGACGCGGCCGCGUCCGCGAUGAAAAUGUUAGCCUGGCAACAGAUUCAUCGUGCCUUUCGCGGAAUAUUCUCCACAGACAGGGAUAUCACCAGAAUGAGAGAACAAUGGAGAAGAAUGAAGUCGCAGGCGAGGAUGGAGAUGUAUACUUUUGCGGAAAAGAUGAAAACCUUGGGGCCGGAAGAGGCGGCCAAAUGUCGCCCAUCAGAUCUUUCCAUCGAAGUAUGGAAAUUGAUGGAAAAAACGAGAAAAAACGACGGAGACAAGGAUCGUUCGGACGAAAACGGUCGGAGAAGUCCAGAAAAUUUGACGAGUUUGCAGGCAAUUCUGAACAAGCUGACGGCCGCCACGCCGGAAGUGACUACGGUGAACGAAAUUAAAGUUGACGCGGAUAGCGACGAAUACAAUACAGAGGAGGAUAGCAGUCAGAGUGAAGUUCUUAAGGAAAAACCAGGUGUCUCGCAAAAAAAACGAUUACGGAUUUCUGAGGAGGAGCCGAUAGAUUUGCCUGAACAAGGAUUCAAUUCUAUGGACACUAUGAUUUGCGAUGAAGAUGGUGUAUCUACGUCUUACAUGAAGGAAAGAAACAGUAGGUUUAAUAAUGAACAAGAUGAAUCUAUUCAAGGAAGAAUGUGGAUGUUCGAAAUGGCUCAGAGAGAACAUGAGUUGAAGCUAAGAAUGUUAAAUAUUGCUUUAGAAAAGGUAGAAUUGCAGAAACAGACUGCGAUCAACGAAUUGAAAACUUCCGAAAUCAAGAGACAACUUGUGGAGAAUCAAGCUGCUGAAUAUUAUAGGUAAUAUUUUAUAAUUGUUUUAUUAUAGAA